AAAAAAAAAAAAUGGAAAAGACAGAUGAAAACUGGUCAAGGAGGACUCCAUAAUUAAUUAAAGAUGCAGAAAUGCCUGACAAGGAGAGGCAUGACAAACAAUCUCCCAUCUUCUUUAAAUGUCUGGUCUAUAGGGACGAGGGUGGUAGAUCAAAGUCUUCGUUUACAAAAAUCAGAUCCUGAAACUGAAGUCAUCAUUAGCAAAAAUACUGCUGCUUCACAAUAUCAAAGUUUUCUAAUCAUCCAUCCAUCCAUUGUCUUAGCUGCUUAUCCUCACAAGGGUCAUGGGAGUGCUGGAGCCUCUCCCAGCUGUUAACAGCCGCACUCACACUCACACCUAGUGGCAAUUUAGUGUCCAAUUAAUGUUGCAUGUUUUUGGGAUGUGGGAGGGAGUUGGCUUCCUGUACCCGUACUGGUAACAUCAAAUCGAGGAGGCUCUGACCUGCACAACCGUACAAUAAAUAAAGCCUGGUGAAUACUCGGCGUGGGACGCCCCUGGUGACAACUUCAAUGGACUAAAAUCAUCAUCUGUGUAAUCUUGGUACCCAAAUUGGAGCCGUAUUUGUUCGUGUUGAAACUUCCCAGCCUAGCCUAGCCAAGACAAACCCCUUAAGAUCAAGUCGCAUACUUAAUCAAAUAUUUGCCGAGGAGGUAUACAUCAAACGCUAGAACUCACACGACCUACAAAAUCUACGUAUCAUAGACAACGAGGACCGUGAGUACUUAUUAGGAAGUUGGGCGAGUGAAAAUGUAAACUUAAACUCGCUCAUAAGCCAAAACUACAAUAGGUUAGCAGGCUAUCUACGAGACAAAUUUGUGAUCAAUCCGUGCUGUGGAAGAAACAUUGAACAUGAAUGAGUAACUUCAUAUCUUGUACAAUGAGGGCCGUGAGGACUUAUAGGAAAUUUAACAAGUCUUAUCUUAGUACAUCUUAAUAACCAAAUCGCCAUAUCGUUCGCGUUGAAACUGCUUGACCCAAGUUAGCCUAGCUUAGCGCGCCAAAAACAUUACCUUCGUUACGUAUACAACGAGGACCAAACAUCGAACUUGGACUCAACCCAACCUUCAACUACUAGAGUGAGGGCCAUUGUGGUAUGAAUCCCUUCCAUCCACAUAGCCUUUAAAUUGACAUAUCUUUUAUAUCUUCACAGAGGUAGUAUGUGAUUUGUGUACCUUAUGUGCUGACUGUGUUUAUGUGAUUGCUUUAAUUUGACCUUAACUUUAACAUAGAUUAGGCAGUAUGUGAUUUGUGUAUUUUAUGUGCUGACUUUGGUUAUUUGAUUGCUUCUUCUUUUUUCUUUUCUUUUUUUUUUGACUAUCUGCAGUCCGUUGGGCAGCACAAUAUUGUGCAAGCUGUCAGCCGGUCCCAAGCCCGAAUAAAUUCAGAGGAUUGCAUUAGGAAGGGCAUCCGGCGUAAAACUGUGCCAAAGAUAUAUGAGCGUUCAGAUUCCAUAAUGGUUAGGUUGUGGCCCAGGCUUCCUACUGGCCUGAAUUGUUAAUCCGCAAGGCGUAGGUAGAAAUUCAGACAAUGUCAGUCAAAGACAAAAAAGAGGAGGAGUGUGGCUUAGUCAGAAGAAGAAGAGGAAUGCACAAACCCUACAGCUGUGUGUAGGGACUUUGAAUGUUGGGACUAUGACAAGAAAAACUCAGGAGUUAGUUGACAUGAUGAUUAGGAGAAAGGUUGAUGUAUUGUGCAUCCAAGAGAGCAAGUGGAAAGGGAGUAAGGCUAGAAGCUUAGUAGAGUUUAAAUUAUUGUAACAUGGAGCAGAAUGGAAGAGAAAUGGAGUAGGGGUUAUUUUAAAGGAAAAGCUGGCGAAGAAUGUCUUGGAGGUGAAAAGAGUAUAAGAUCGAGUGAUGAAGAUGAAAUCUGAAAUUGAGGGGAUUAUGUAUAAUAUGAUUAGCGGUUAUGCCCCAAGGUAGGAUGUAACAUCAAGUUGACAGAGAAAUUCUGGAAGGAACUAGAUGACAUAGUUCUGAGCAUCCCAGACAGUGAGAGAGUUGUGAUUGGUAUUGGUGAAGGAAACGGGCGAUGAAGAAGUGAGGGUUAAGUACGGCAUCCAGGAAAGGAACUUUGAGGGACAGAUGGUGGUGGACUUUGCAAAAAGGAUGGAAUUGGCAGUGGUGAACACUUAUUUCCAGAAGAGACAGGAAUAUUGAGUGACCUACAAGAGCAGAGGUAGAAACACGCAGGUGGAGUAUAUCUUGUGCAGAUGGUGAUCUGAAGGAGGUUACCAACUGUAAGGUAGUGGUGGGGGAGAGUGUAUCUUGACAGCAUAGGAUGGUGGUGUGUAGGAUGACUCUGGUAGACUCAGAAGACAAAGGUAGAUGAGAGAAUCAGGUGGUGGAAGUUGAGAAAGGAAGAAUGUUGUGUGGCCUUUCGGAAAGAGGUAAAACAGGCUCUAGAUGGACAGGAAGAGCUCCCAGAAGACUGGAAUACCACUGCCAAGGUAUUCAGAGAGGCAGGCAGGAGAGUACUUGGGGUGUCUUCUGGUAGGAAAGAAGAGAAGGAGACUUGGUGGUGGAACCCCAAAAUACAGGAAGUCAUCCAAGGAAAGAGAUUAGCGAAGUGAGACACGGAGAGGACUGAGGAGAGGCGAAAGGAAUACAUUGAGAUGCGUCGUAGGGCAAAGGUAGAGGUGGCGAAGGCUAAACGGGAGGCAUAUGACGACAUGUACACAAGGUUAGAUACGAAAGAAGGAGAAAAGGACCUCUACAGGUUGGCCAGAUAGAGGGACAGAGAUGGGAAGGAUAUGCAGAAAGUAAAGGUGAUUAAGGAUAGCCAUGGAAAUAUGUUGACUGGUGCCAGUAAUGUGCUAAGUAGAUGGAAAAAGUACUUUGAGAAGUUAAAUGAAGAAAAUGGGAGAGAAGGUAGAGUAGAAGAGGCAAGUGUGAAUGACUGGGAAGUGGUAAUGAUUAGUAAGGGGGAAGUUAGAAAGGCACUGAACAGAAUGAAAAAUGGAAAGACAGUUGGUCCCGAUGACAUACCAGUGAAGGUAUGGAAGCAAUUUGGAGAGGUGGCUGUGUAGUUUUUGACUAAUUUAUUUAAUAGAAUACUAGUGGGAGAGAAGAUGCCAGAAGAAUGGAGGAAAAGUGUGCUCGUCCCCAUUUUUAAGAACAAAGGCGAUGUUCAGAAAUGUGGAAACUGCAGAGGAAUAAAGAUAAUGAGCCACACAAUGAAGUUAUCGGAAAGAGUAAUGGAGGCUAGAUUCAGGACAGAAGUAACCAUCUGCGAGCACCAGUAUAGUUUAACGCCGAGAAAGAGUACCACAGAUGCAUUAUUUGCCUUGAGGAUGCUCGUGGAAAAGUACAGAGAAGGACAGAAGGAGCUACAUUGUGUUUUUGUAGACCUCAAGAAAGCCUGUGACAGAGUACCAAGAGAGGAACUGUGGUUCUGCAUGCGCAAGUCUGGUGUGGCGGAAAAAUAUGUUAGAAUAGUACAGGACAUGUAUGAGGGCAGCAGAACAGCGAUGAGAUGUGCCGUUGGUGUUGUGUGAGAAUUUAAUCUGGAGGUCGGACUGCAUUAGGGAUCUGCGCUUAGCCCCUUCCUGUUUUCGGCAAUAAUGGAUAGGCUGACGGACGAGGUUAGACUGGAAUCCCCUUGGACCAUGAUGUUCUGAGAUGAUAUUGUGAUCUGCAGUGAAAGCAGGGAGCAGGCGGUGGAACAAUUAGAAAGAUGGAGGUACGCACUGGGAAGGAAAGGAAUGAAGAUUAGCCGAAGUAAAACAAAAUAUAUGUGCGUGAAUGAGAGGGGCUGAGGGGGAAUAGUGAGGCUACAGGGAGAAGAGAUAGCGAGGGUGGACGACUUCAAAUACUUGGGGUCAACAAUACUGAGCAAUGGAGAGUGUGGUAAGGAAGUGAAGAAACGGGUCCAAGUGGGAUGGAAAAGUUGGCGGAAGGUGUCUGGUGUGUUAUGUGACAGAAGAGUCUCUGCUAGGAUGAAGGGCAAAGUUUACAAAACCAUGAUGUAGCGAUUAGAGACGGUGGCACUGAAGAAACAACAGGAACCAGAACUGGAGGUAGCAGAAAUGGAGAUGUUGAGGUUCUCACUCAGAGUGAGCUUGUUGGAUAGGAUUAGAAAUGAGCUCUUUAGAGGGAGAGCCAAAGUUGAAUGUUUUGGAGACAAGGUUAGAGAGAGCAGACUUUGAUGGUUUGGACAUGUUCAGAGGUGAGAGAGUGAGUAUAUUGGUUGAAGGCUGCUAAGGAUGGAGCUGCCAGGCAAAAGAGCAAGAGGAAGACCAAAGAAAAGGUUGUUGGAUGUUGUGAGGGAGGACAUCAGGACAGUGGAUGUUAGAGAGGAGGAUGCACGAGAUAGGCUUGGAUGGAAAAAGAUGACACACUGUGGCGACCCCUCAAGGGACAAGCCGAAAAGAAAAAAAAAGAAGUUUUUGGGAUGUGGGAGAACAUGCAAACUCCACACAAGUGGGUCUGGGAUUGAUUGAGAACUCUGAGGCCAACACUUUCCAGCUGAGCCACCGCGCCGCGAUUUUCAUAUUCCAGCUCAAAAACAUAUUUAGGGAAUAAAUAAGUGGUCAUGUAGGCAUGACCCAGUUCACUGUUCUAAAUAGUCAUGUUAGUGGUGUGUUUUUCGGGGAGUCAUCUGUACAGCCAUCCCGUUGUUGGUGCGAGCAGUCAGUGAGCCCAAUGAAUUUUCCCUUUGGAGAAAAGAUCUUUUGAGAAUUUUUCAGUUUGGAACAUGAAGGAUUUGGAAAAUGUGAUAAUACAAUACACGCGAUACUUGCUAUUUUUUUAACAUGAAAUUGAAUCUUAAAGGUCCGCUUCCAUCCAAAUUUCAUUUUUUAUAUUCUUUGAUGGGAAUCACAGUGGAUGAUUGGUUAGAAUCUGCAUCACAGUUCUGAGGACCCAGGUUCAAAUACGGCCUCACCUCUGUGGAGUUUGCAUAUUGUGCCCCAUGCCUUUGUGGGUUUUCUCUGGGUACUCCGGCCUCCUCCCAUAUCCCAAAAAACAUGCAUGGCAGGUUAAUUGGAGACUGAAUGGCUCGGAAAUGGGAAUUUGUGUGUAAAUCGUUGUUUGUCUAUAGUUCGGCAGAAAUAUUUAACACCACUAUUUUUCUCCCUAAAAAUACCGUCUUCUAAAGAUAUUAUCAACGUGAAGAUUUCACUAGAUGUUGGGAACAACCAAUGUAAUUUAUACAUACAAAGAAAGAAGAAAAAAGAUCAGAUAUUAAGUUGUGUAAUAAUGUGAAAUGGGCGGCACGGUGGUGCAGCUGUAGAGCAUUGGGCUCACAGUUUUGAGUUAAAAUGCCUGUGUGAAGUUUGCAUGUUGUGCCCGUGCCUGCGUGGCUUCUCUCCUGUCACUUUGGUUUUCUCCCACAUUCCAAAAUGAUUCAUUCAUUAGAGACUCUAAAUUGCCUCCAGGUGUGAUUGUAAGUGUGACUGUUGACUGUCUCUAUGUGCCCCGUGUUUAGCUGGCAAACAGUUCAGGGUGUACCCUGCCUCUUGCCUGAUGGCACCUUGGAAUAGGCCCCAGCACUCCCGCGACCCUUGUGAGGAUAAGCGUCUCAGAAAAUGGAUGCCGAAUGUGAAAUGACGGAGAAAGCAGUGAACACAUGAAGAAAGUGAGGUGCAAAGAGACAUUGAAAGCCAAGGCAACACCUAAAGUCUAUCAACUAUCAAACAGCAAUCCAGAUCCAUGUUAGUGCAAAUGCAUAUCACCUGCUUCAGUCCUAACAGCCACGAAAAAGGUCUCAUUGCCAAGGUGUGAAUCAAGACACAUCUCAUGAUGGGUAAGAACAGAGAGCUGUCUCAAGAGCAUUAUACUUAGCCAAUUAAGCUGAUUCUGAUUACAAACGAAUUGUGGCAGCUGACCCACCAUGCAGGGUGAUAGAUGAGCAAAAAAAAAAAAAAGGUGAACGAAUACAUUUUCACGGCACUGUAUUGUUUGGGGCGGCACGGUGGAUCAGCUGGAAAAGUGUUGGCCUUACAGUUCUGAGGUCCCUGUGUGGGGUUUGCAUGUUUUCCCCAUGCCUGUGUCGGUUUUCUCCAGGCACUCUUGUUUCCUCCCACAUCCCAAAAACAUGCAACAUUAAUUGGACACUCUAAAUUGACCCCUCCGUACAGGGCACAUAACCACGCCUCCUGAAGUCACGUCACCCCACUGUUGCUAACCUCAGACAAACAUUAGACAAAAUGGCGUCGCAGGAAGAAAAGUCAAGAGCGAAAUUGUCCGAUUUACCAGCUGAUUUUUCACUCGCAUUCUUACCGAAUAGUGAAAUAUCGUUGAAGAGCAGACAGUAGGGCUUCAAGUAUUUCAGCGAGGGGUAUUUCAAUGGUAUUUCCAUGCAUAUCGACGGAGAAACUACAUUGAUAUUAGCGCGAGAUCUUUCCAGAGUCAGAGAAAGACCGAGAAGCCACAUAAUAUAAUAUAUUAUAACCCAAUAGAUAAUAUAAUAUAACCCAAAGACAAAUUCGUCAUUGACAGUUUCCUAUUUUCGUGUUACAUAUCACACUUGUGUGCAGAAUCUGUAUGUUAGCAUACAGGUAUGUGCUCCUCCUUCGUGAUUUCUGUCUAACAUAGAGUAAAAGAUUAAGGGCACAAUACUGUGCCUUUGUGACGCAGUCCUGAGUCCCAUGAUGUGUGUAUGCCAGGUAGCAUAGUAGUCAGUCUGGCCUUGAUGUGCUGUCAGUCGCGUCUUCAAUAAAUGCAGUCAGAAACAUAAUGUCGUCCACCUUGCGUAUGUAUGAGUAACGGAGGUCAGGGAUCGAAAAUGGCCAUCGUUUGAGGCAGCACAAUGGGUGAAGUCACGUGAAAACAACCUAUUGGACACUCUAAAUUGCCCCUAGGUGUGAUUGUGAGUGCUGCUAUUUGUCUCGAUGUGCCCUGCGGUUGGCUGGCAACCAGUUCAGGGUGUACCCCGCUUCCUGUCUGUUGACAGCUGAGCUCCAGCACGCCCCGCAACCCUUGUGCGGAUAAGCGGCAAAGAAAAUGGAUGGAUGGAUGGAUGGUGAUGAACCCCCUCCCUGAGGUGAGGACCUUAUCAUUGUGGAUGGGUUUGUGUGUCCUAAUGAUCCUAGGACCUAAGUUGUCUGGGGUGUUACGUCCAUGGUAGGGUCACACAUGGCAAACAGAUCCAUGGUGAGGGAUCAGAAAAAGCACAGCUCAAAUGACCCUCUACGAUGAAUUACUUAAACUUCAUUUUCAAUUGCCCCGAAGCGGGUCACUGGGGUUCCCCACUGGAGACACUCCUGGAGAUGGGACUCAAAGGUGGCCGGGGCUCCACCCACGGGGGCCGACUCGACACACCCUGAAGAGAUGAUGUGGAUCCUCCUUUUCAUGGGCUCACAACAUGGGGCAGGGGGGUUGCAGGGGAGCAAUGGACCAGGCGCAUAGAGAGCUGGGUAGCGGCCAAAUGCGGGGACCAUGGUGGUUUGAUCUGAAACUUCAGAAACUGGCUCUAGGGACAUGAAUUGUCACCUCCCUGGCAGGUAAGGCACCCGAGCUGGCAUGCAGGUUGAGAAGUUGCAGCUAUAGUCAAGCGCACCUCCUCAACACAUUUUUAGCUCCGGUACCAGUCCCAUUCAGAGGUCUUGAACCCUUUUGAACUCUGGAGUUGCUCACGGUCAAAGGCACCAAACAGGUGUGGCCAUACUUUUUGUUCCCCAACUCAAGUGCCUAUUAAUUGGGUUUUACACCGGUGGAUGAGUCAGUCGCCUCCCUCUGCCUCUGGCUGGGGGGAUAGGUCCUGAUUGUAGCUUAUGCCCAACUCAAACUAUCACUGCCUGUUAGUGGGUUGGUUCCGAUGGUGGUGGAAAAUGCAGGUCCAAACUGGCAGAACCAACGUACUGUGAGGGUUUGGUGGGAAUGUCUGGCAGAAUCCCCUGUCAGAAGGAGUUGCAACUCUCACCUGUGGCAAAACCGGGCGCAUUGAGUCCGACUGGAUCAUGUUAUGCACUACUAUCGUUCAGGAGCCUGACUGAAAAUGUUGUCGUAAGGUGGUCAGUGCCUGUCAUGGCAGCAAGCCCUGAACCUGUUUCUGAACAGCAGCAGUAAGGAAUGCCCUCGAGCUGAAGAAGGAGUCCUAUCAGGCAUGUUUUGGUAGUGCGACACAAGAAGCAGAUGAUAGAUACUGGCAGGCCAAGUGGAACGUGGUUUUGGUGUUUACUGAAGUAACAAUAUUGGCAUGGGAGGAGUUUGACUAGGAAGAUGAAUGACUUCCGGAUGGCUUCUGUGAAUUGUUAGUGAUAAUUUCAUUAUGAAUUGAAAUCUUAAUACUGUUGAAAUAAAAAGAAGAAAAUAAUGGCUCUACAUGAAAGUUGUGUUGCUAUUUAUUUUGCUGAUUAGUUUGGUUUGGUGGAAUCUAUCAUUGCUCUGAUAAUCAUCAACUAUUCACCCACUUGUAAAGAUGCAUAACUCCUGAAAAUGUUAAUCGGAGUUGCCACACUAUUUUGACAGUAAGUUUGUUUUGCUUGCUUGUAAUAUUAUUUUGUUUAAUAUCGAGGCAAACUCCAUUUAUUCCAUUUUUUUUUUUCAAAAAGUAAAACCUGUAUAUUAGUUUACCACAAGCAAAGCGGAAUGUUUAUUAUUUGUUUAAAAUUUUAUAACAAUGGCAGAAAGACAAAAGAAUAAACAAAUUCAGUAUUUCACAAAAUUCUCGAAUCAUGCAAGUGACGAACAAAAAACCAUCUUAGCUGUAAUGUUGACCUUCUGAAAAGAGUAUUGAUUAAGCUUGUUAGCUCAGCGACACAUGAGCAUGAUGGAGGUUGACACCAGGCAGAGUGAUAGCAGCGUCGGGCAAUCGUCCACAAAGCCAAGUCUCCGUGAAACACAGAGCCGGAGAAUGUCCAAAGCCUUUUGUUGGACGCGUUUGACAAUGUCCCCACUUACGCAGCUGGACUUGUGUACCGGAUCGCGAGGCUUUCAAGAGCUAGCGACUAGCAACUCUGGAAAAGCUUCAGCGAAUUGGCAGGUGUUGUCGAAAAAAAGUCAGAAGAAAAUUCAUAAGAAGACUCUCUGACGGUUGGCAAGUCCUCUCUUGUCUACUUGAGAGUCCCGAGACGCCGGUGGAACGCAAAAACACAAACAGUAACGAAGAGCAUUCCGGAGUCAACAACACUGGUACGCAGUCACUCACAUUUGAAAAAUGUACGGGUGUGGUCAGUCAUGCUCGCAGAUAAAGUUGCAGGUGUGAUUAGGGAUGGAAUCUCAAGACCUUAAAAUAAUUUACAGGAUUAAUAUAAUAUAACUGUAAAUUAAAAAUAAAAUAAACAAAUACAUAACUAAAAUAGAAAAGUAAAACUUCAAACUCAGAAAGGAUAAUUUCCAAUUUCAACUGACAUCAGUAGUACAUGAUAUAAAACAGUAUUUAAAAUUUUUCAUCUGUAAAAAUUCUUGAUCUGACAAACUUCAUCUGAAGAAAAGUUAAAUGCACUGGCCUGUCAAGGAAUUACGGUCUAUACCGGCAAUGUUUUGAAGAUAAUGAAAGUUUAGUUCAACAUAAUCGUUGUUAGUGGCAGCAAGGUAGCGACACAUUAGAACAAACAUUCCUGUCGGCAACCGUGAUGUAUUGUUGUGAGGUGGGGGGCACGCAACGCGGGACUGCCGUAGAUCGGAGGCUGGCUUGGUAGACCGCACUUUUAUGUGCAUCCGCUCUGAGUAUAGACCACACCUGAAUCAAGCGACAAGGUGGAUGGUUUUUUGGGAGGGGGUAAUUCAGCAAAACAUGUGACGUCAGUGAAAACAACCCAUUAAUAUUGCAUGUUUUUGAGAUCUGGGAGGAAACCAAGGCAGACACGGAGAGAACAUGCAAACUUCACACAAGCGGGUCCGGGAUCAAACCCGGGACCUCAGAACUGUGAGGCCAACGCUUUCCAGCUGACCCACCAUGCAGCCCAGGGUCAUCAUCUCAUACAAAUUAAACAUUUGAUGAAUAAUGGUUUACUGUGGAUGAAUGUCACUUUCUUAAUGUAAUAAAAGCAAAGCUGUACUGCAGUGCAGUAUAUGAUCUUAUUCCAUGCAGUCUGUAGUCUGCAUGGAAUAAGCACAGAAAUAAUUGUGGAUAUGUCGAAAAGGUAUGGGCUAUGUCCUUAUCUGUCAUGGGCAUGACUUGGCCACUGCUGUGGGCAGUGCUUCCUGUGAGGGGUGUGGCCAGGCCACUGCCCUGGGCAGUGCCACCUCUGACACCUGUCUAAGUUGUGUUGCAUUCGGGACUCUAAUUGACCAAGCACUCAACUGGUGACUGUGUCACUGGCAUUUGCUAGUUCGUUGCAGAUGCUUCACUGCAUCCUGGGCUACUCUACUACUGUGCGUAAGUUGCAAGUUUAGUGUAGAGCAACCCUUUGUCACAGCGAGCCUGUGCCACCAUAGUCAAGUCACGUUUUUGUUCAUGUUUCCAAGUUUUGCCUCAUAGCCAUUGGACCUUGUUUCAUGUUUUUGGACCUUGCCUCUAGCCGAGGGUUUUUGUGUCUCUGCCUUCUUGGACUCCUUAAACUGUGUAUGACCUUAGUUGGGAAUAAAACCACUCCGAACAUUAUGCCUUUGCCAGGGAGUCCUGCAUUUGGGUCCGCCUCCUUGCCGCUGGCCCAUGACACUUAUCUGAUGGAAAAAAAAAAACGUUGGGACUUCCUGAUUAUAAUCAAAUACAUAACAUGGAAGGAUAACCAUUUUAAAUUAAGUUCACAAAGCGGAGAAGGUUCUAACGAAAGGAAGUGCCCUGCCUUGACAGCAUGGUGUCUUAUAGGCAAUAAGCUGUCAAAGGGCAGUGCCAGGAUUCUUGAUUUUGCUGCUUGGUAGAGCCCACCGCCUCUCCAUCUUUAUCACAAGCUCUUGCUGUGUUUCCCUCCCUCUCGUUCACUUGUGACGCUAUCAAUCAUAUCUUGCUCUCAGCAGAUUCUUCUCCCCAUUAAGGAAGUUAACCUGUAGGUAGCUAGCAGAACCCCGAGCCAUUCAUCUCUCUCAGCAGGACAUUGAGACUCACAUCUGCAGCAGAAUUUCAAAACAUGCCCCUUAGCAGACAUGCAUUGCAUGCUGAAAGUCGAUGUAUAUUUAAACGACGGCCUUUCAUCAGACAUUGGGCCAAGAAUGACAUUAACACUACUUGGGCUGUACCAAUCUAAACCCUUGGUUGAUUUAGACUUGCCUCAAAAACAGUAAAAGUAAGUGGAAUGCUGUACUGUAUUCUACAGUACAAAUCAUCAAUUGUCAAACAUGAACGAGAAGCCCAUGUACUCAAUGUUUCCUACUGUACUAUAUCUUUUCAUAUGAACGUACUGGAGGGAAUCAACCAUCCCCAUCAUGAAUAUGUAUUUGUGGUCCACAAUGGCACAAAUAGGUUUGGCUGGUAGUGAAACUUUUGCUUUGUGAAAUUCUCCACAGAUCCUUCUAUUAAAGAUGAUAUGUGUAUAUGUAUGCGUGUGCGUGCGUGUGUGUGUGUGUGUGCGUGCGUGUGCGUGCUUUCCCAUACCCAUACUAUUUAAAACGGUUCACGUGUCUUUAUAAAAACUGAUUGAAAUUCUUCUCAAUCAAAAUAUACAAAUGAUAAAGAAUUCCACACUUAGCAUCCACCUUUACCAUGUUAGUUGAAAGCACUUCUUUUUGGGAAGAUGGUUCGAAUCACCAAUAGUGAGUAGUUACCACAUUCACACCUCAGACUUCUGGGGUGUUUUUUCCCCUUUGAACAGGAAUGCAUCUUUCGUGCUACGGUUGGCGGGAGGUUUACUGCCUUACUGCACCUUGACAGCAGUUAGGCAGUAGACUAGCAUCUCUCCAACAGUUAGUAUCCAUUGUCUUUGUUUGGUGCAGUUUGCAGCAGUUUUCCAGUUUGGAAUGUGACACUCCUAUUCAAAAGCCAUGUCCUUAUUUAAAAGCUACUGUCCCCGAUUUCAUUAUUUAAUAAUUGUUAAUUAUGAAGCAGUUAUUUCUGAGGUCACUGCCCAACAGGUCAUAUACCGACAUAGUGUUUGUCAUUCAAUGUGGGUCGUCGUGGUAGAUGCCAUCAAAAUAAGACUCCUCGUUGGAGAUUUUAGAGUGUCUGGUGUGAGAUCACAGAGCUCUGAUGCUUUCUAUCAGGUCCCUGUCUGUGAAACCGCAGGUACCUCUAACAGGUUAUGCCCACUUAUUUUUUCACAGCAGAGAUGUGUCACUUAGAUUCACGUAGGUCCAACAUGCACACAGAUCCACACACACAUGCAGAGAUACAUACACAUUCUGGUUUACACGUGAGGAAGAGCAUUGGAGAUACUCUUUGACACAUUUAUGUGUGUAUAAUGCUGCACUUGUUUAUCCCCUUCUCUCUCCUUGCAGUGAUCCACUGCUAGAUAUGGUCGUUCUGUUCACCUGAAACACACGGUGAUAAAAUAUGAGUAUUAGUCAAUAAGGUUACAUUGAGAACAUGUAUUGACAGUUUCACACUAUAAAGAUGGGAUUUUCCUCUUCCUGUCCAUAAUGCAGUUGUAAACAUAGAAUGUCACACAUUUUCUGUCCUGGACUUUGUUUUUGCGAGUUGACACUUCUCACAGUCAUGCUUUGCGAGAACAAUGAAAGAGGUGAUGAAAUGACACCUACUUUUCCACUGUCUGCAAUUCUCUGUGACUCCACUGUUUUUUUUUUUAUUCCUGUAUGUGGUGGUGGAGAUGGCAAUGCCUUGCCAGCUGGGCCAGCUGGAUGACUUCAUCAACAAAUUUCACUCUGACAUUCUAGCGUUGGAAACUUGCCUCCUCACCUUUGUUCAAGUUCCAUCGACACACCAUCCCAUGAGGAAGCAGAGUCUGGGAUCUCUGAGGUGGUUAAAAAGCUCCUUGGUGGCAAGGCCCCGGGAGUGAUUGAGAUUUGCCCCAAGGUUCCUAAAGGCUCACCUCUGCAACAUCGCAUGGGCAUCGGGGGACAGUGCCUCUGGAUUGGCAGAUUGGGGUGGUGGCCCCACAUUUUAAGAAGGGGGCCCAGAGGGUGUGUUCCAACUACAAGGGGAUCACACUCCUCAGCUUCCCUGGUAAGGUCUCUUCAGGGGUGCUGGAGAGGAGGGUCUGUUGAAUCUCAGACUCUGGAGAAGCAAUGUGGUUUUUGUCCUGGCCACUGAACAAUGGACCAGCUCAUCACACUCGCUAGGGUUAUCAAGGGUGCAUUGGUGUUCGCCCAACGGUCUACAUGAACUGUCUUGUGUCAACCCUCAAGAUCGUUAAGUUCUUGGGACUUAUGGUCUUACAGGAUCUGAAGUGGGAGACCAUCAACUCUGUCCUCAAAAGAGCUUCUGAGGAAGCAUGGCCUGUCACAAGAGCUCCUGAGACAGUUCUACACAGCGUCAUUGAAUCGGUACGAUGCACCUUCAUGAGAGUCUGGUUUGGGGCAGCCACAAAAAGGACAAACUCCGACUGCAACGGACAAUCAAAAACCGCUGAACGGUUAGCGACAUCACCCUACCCACCCUUGAAGACUUGCAAGUCACUCGAACUAGGACCAAGGCGGACAGGAUCCUUUUGGACCCUCCACCUCCUGGCCACCAGCUCUUCCAGCUCUUUCCAUUGGACCCAAAUCAGUAAAAGAGAUGACCCUCGUCUUGUCCAUGAAUGCUUUCUUGGAAUCAGAGGGAGAAACUCCCAUCCCAACAUACCAACCAAUAUGGAAAACUGAGCGCUACAGUAAGACGUGCCUGUCAAACACCACCUCGCCAGGCCACACAGAACACCGUUUGAAACAGGAACCUUUUCGACGACUUCCUGACCAUGUGUCAAUGUCCAGAACUGCAUACUUCAAGAGGAAAUUUGUUGAUGAUGAUGAAGCUUCAUUCAAUCUCAGGACAUACUGCCAGACUCAGGUGGCACCCAUUUUGGAGGAACAGGCCCAUGUGCUGCGUCUCUCUCUGGAGAAGAUGCGAUUCAUAGAUGACCCAGAGGCGUUCCUGCGACGCUCUGUUCUUGUGAACAAUCUCCUCCGUCGUAUACGAGCUGACAUCCUGCUUCAGAGCACUGAAUGGUGCUUGUCCCCCAACCCAGUUUUUACCACUGUCUUACCUCCAAGCUCAAACCCCAGACAGCAGACACACAACAGAUCCGUCCCCACAAGAAUCUGCUCAGAACCCCAAGCCAGACCUCCCUAUCGAAAGCGGUUCCGAAUGGUCCGUCCAGGACAAGGGGACCUCCAUAAUGACUGUGCUCAGACAUGUUGCUGUAUUUAUGCUGCAGCAGCAGCCACAGGACGCUACCUUCACCUACCAUUGUCCAUGUACGAUCCAGAAUUCUCUGCACCACACUCUUCCUCCUUCUUUCAAAUGGGCAGCCAUCAUAAAUUAGGACUGACCAUCAUAGAUGGGCAUGAUGAUGAGGAUCCCGAAGAGGAGGAUGAAAUUGAGGAAGAGAAUGAGGAGGAAGAAAUUGGUGAGACAAGACUACCAGGACCUUCUACUGAUUUGGUUAAAGAUACAUCAAGGCAGAAAAGUAGCAUGAAGACCACGCGGUGUCAUGCAGACACAAGGACAGAGACAGAGAUUACUGGUAGCUUUGAAGUGCAGGAGGAGGAUAACCUAGAAGAGGAGGCACACAGCAUCCGACCUUGUCACUGGGACUCUGAUGCAGAAGGUCUUGUCAAGGUUCACUGUUGGCAGCGUAAAGGUCAAAGACAAUGAGAAUUUGCUCACAUAAUGAUUAUGGAUAAUAUAAGGGUCAUUUUGUUAUAAUUUAAUCAAUAACAGUAAAGACACUAAUUGAGAAUCCCCCCACCCCCAUUCUCUUUAGCUUUUCUUUUCUUAUAUUUAGCUUUAGCUUUUGGGUCAUCGGGGCAGCAGUAUAAGCAGGGAAGCCUAGACUACUCUCUCCAAAGCCACUCGGUUCAGCUAUUCAGGGGAGAUCACAAGGUAUUCUCAUUCCUGGUUGAAGACAUCUGGAUUUUCUCCAGCAUGUUCUAAGGCCCCCUGGUGGGCCAUACAAAAACCACCUCACCGUAAAGGUAUAUACUGUAGGAGGCAUCCUAACCAGAUGCCUGAUUCACCUCAUCUGGCUCAUACAGAGGAGCAGUGGCUCGACACUGAGACCCCCCAAGAUGAACCUAUCUCUAAGCGAGAGCCCAGGUAUCCUGAGGAGGAAACUCAUUGUGAUCGCUUGUAUCUGCCAUCUUGUUCUUUCCGUCUUGACCCACAGCUUGUGGCCAUGGGUGAAAGUCGGAGUGUAGAUUGACCAGUAUAUCGAGAGCUUAGCUCAGGGGUGGUGAAUGAGUCGAUCGCAGUUUCGGUCCAUCGCGAUGGCUUGCCGAGGAAAAAAAAGAAAAGAGAAGACAUCAGCCGUAUUUUUUUUUUAACUUUAGCUCACCAUGCAUGUGCAAACAACGACAGUACAGGAAAACACGCUGUCAGUGAGCCGCCCCAUCCCCCCCCCCCUCCAUUUUAAGCUCUCACUUGAGAAAUCUUAACAAACAUGAUGAGUAUGGAUGCUGCAGACAUUACGCCAAAAAGCAAGCUGAGAAUGAGAAAAGUGAACAAACUAAAAUCCCGAUUGGUCGCACAGCAGACACCGAAGCAUCGUUUCCAGGUUCGUCACAUCACACAUAAAGAGGCAUAGCUAACUCGUUGCUCUGAUCUUUUAAAAAUAAGCCGGAAAUAUUAUCUUCAAUAAAAUCUCCACAGCUGUAAAUGUGUACAGUUACACGGCGCUGUGAAGCCAUGGCUGAUGUGUGGAAGGACAUUGGAGAUUGUGAGUGUUUCUCACUGCAGUUGGACGAAUCCACUGACGUGACAGCCCAGGCGUGCAUUUUCAUUCGUAUGGUGUCUAGUGAUCAUCAACGUGAACUCAGGUAGUUACAAAAAAUGUUCAAAGUUAAUUAUGUUGUGUAAUAUUGGAUCAUGUGGUUAUGCAAGGCACACAAACAUACAUUUACACAUAAAGAAUCCUCAAUAUACUUUAAAAUAAAUAUGUUUUGCAUUUUUGUAGUGGGUAGAUCUUUGCGACUUGGUCAUUCUAUUUCAUCAUUAGUCAGAGUUCUAAAAAAUAAAUAAAUAAAUAAACCUCAAUGGAUACUUGAGAAGUAGAUCUUGGGGUAAAAACGUCUGGGCACCUUUCAGCUUCCGACAGGAAGUCCACCCGCAUCACUGCAGUUGCUACACUGGUCCACUUGUUAAUCUCCUGCUCAAUUCUUUCCUCACUCAUGAACAAAUUUUCGAGAUAGGAUUCUCAUCCCAACAAUUUCACACUCCAGAGAGAGUUGAAGAUCGCAGCAUGAUGAAGCAAUCAGAACCACAUCAUCUGCAAAAAGGUAACACAAAAUAAAGAGCAGCAACCUGACACUGAUAUCAUAAAACCAGACCCUCUCAACACUCCUGCUGUGCAUACCAAUUCUGUCCAGAAAAGUUAGGAAAAGAAUUGGUUAAGAAAUACAGCCUUGACAGAGUCCAACACUCAAUGAAAAUAAAUCUGCUGCAGACCAAAUUCUGACACCGGUCAUACAGGGCCCGAACAGCCUGUAAAAUGAGCUCUGAUACCCCACCAUCCUGGAGCACCCUCUGCGUGACUCUCAAAGCGAAUGGUCAAAUGUCUUUAUCAAGUCUACAAAGCAUAUGUAUUGUCGAUUGGUUGACAAAACCCAGCCACGAGGAUCCUGCCAAGGGUGUAAAGCUGGUCCUCUGUUCCUCCCCUAGGACAAAAUCCACACUGUUCUCUCUGAAUCAGUGAAGCGACUUCCAGACAGACUCUCCUCUGCAGCAUCCCCAAAUAGACCUUACUAGGGAGGCUGAGACACGUGAUCCUCCUAUCGUUGGUGGUAGUCUGUUCCUGGUAUGUCCUUCCAGAAGCACUGUCCCCUGUGUACACAUGCUGUUGCAGAAGAUUGUCAAGCAAGACAGACCCACAACAUCCAGAGCCUUUAGGAACUCCGAGUGGAUCUCAUCUUCCCCCGGGGCCUUCCCAACUAAGAGAUUUUUAACUACCCAGACUUACUCAUGUGAAGGUAUGUCUGUGGAAUUGAGGUUUUUGAUGUAUUUGACCCACCGAAUCACAGCGUCCAGAGUUGAGCUCACCAGUACUACAAUCCAACUAUGAACAGUGUUGAAGGUGCACUGCUUCCCCUGCCUGAGACACAGGACGGUGGACCAGAAUUUCCUUGAAGCCAUCUUUAGCCAUUCUCCAGUGCCUCAUCAAACUCCACUCACACCCAACUUUUAGCCUCAGUGAUCAUACUCCGCUUUCUCUGUCUGUACCCAUGAGCUGGUUCCGGAUCCCACAGGGUAAAAAGCUCCACUAGAACUCUUGCAUCUCUUACUACUGGUGUCCACUAACAGAUUUGGGGAUGUCUGCCAUGACAGGCACUGACCACAUUAUGGCCACACCUCCCGUCGGCCACUUCAACAAUGGAGGCCCAGAUCACGGUCCAUUCUGAACCAACGUCCCCUGCCUCCCCUGGGCAAAGUUGCUGCCGGAGGUUGGAGUCGAAACUUAUUGUAGCAGAACACUCUGCUAGACGUUCCUAGCCAAUCCUCACAAUGUGUCUGGGCCUGCCUGUUCGGACCAAGGUAGUGAUCGGUUGACAGUUCUGCCACGCUCUUCACCCGAGUGAUAUAUGCAGAUAUGCAGCCACAAGUCCAAUGACACAACAACAAAGUCAAUCUUUAAACUGCAGCCUUGGGUGAUUCUUCCCAAUCACAACUUUGCAAGUCUCACUGUCAUUCCCCAAUUAAGCGCUGAAGUCCCCCAGAAGAAUGAGUGUGUCCCGAGUGAGCGCGCAUUAUCAGCCCCCCCAUUAGGGACUCCAAAAAGGGUGCAUACUCUAGGCACCCAAGUAACCCGUAGCGACCUGUACCCACCUUGAAGGCAGAACAGACUACCCUCUAGUCAUUCGGGGUGAACCCCAACAUACAGACAACGACCUGUGGCCGGUAAGAAUGCCCAUGUCUCUGUGCCCAACUCUUUGCGCACCCAAUUCCCUGAACCUCCUCCCACGGGUGGUGAGCACAUGGGAAGGGGACCCAUGUUGUUUCUUUGGGCUGUAACCAGUCAGGCACCGUGGAUGCUUAGGGUGCUUGCCAAUGAGCCCAACCUCCAGGCCUGGCUCCUAAUGGGGCCCUGGUGACCUGCAUCCAGGCAAGGGAAAACAUUUUCCAAUCUUUGUGAACAUCAUAGGGGAUCUUUUAGUAUUGCUUUGUACCUCACCUUGGACCUGUUUGCCAUGGGUGAACCUACAAAGUGCAUAAAACCCUAGAAAACAUAGCUCCAAAGAUCAUCAGUACAGAGAAACCCCUCCAUCAUGAUACCAUGAUGGCUCAGGCAGGGAGGUCUUAGUUUUAUGUGCUAAUGUGUCUCAUGGUGAAACAGCUACACUUAAAGUUCCAUUUUCAAAGUUAUUGAUGAUUUAAAUUUGUAGAUGACCAUUAACCCUUUUCGGGCAGGGGUUGCAAAUUUGAAACAGGUUUAAUAUAAUCAAAAAUUUUAAGUCCAGACUAUCAUUUUCUGAAAGUAUAAGAUUUUUUUCUCUGCCAAAUUUUAUUUGGUCCAGUGAGGGUUAAGGCAAAUAGUGGUCAACAUUGAAAUACGAUAAAGAAAAAGUGAAUAAUGGCAAUGAAAAACAGUUUCAUAAAAAUGUUGUGAUUUUCACAACUAUCAUGUAUUGCCUAUCAAACUCUGCUGGUGCAAGUGCAUAAAUUAUCAUAACUACUCAUUAAACCUAUUACAGUCUUCAUACAAUCGUAAUAACAAUGAAGGUGUAAUAGUUUACACACUCACAAAUUCAUCCAUAUUCAUUCAUAUCUCAGUAACACCAUUUAUUUUGCUGUGUGCUAUUGCGUGAAUGGCUGCCUUGUCAAGCCACUUCUGCUGACAGAUGCAUCUAAUUCAUUGUCACAACAUAAUGAUGCUGUUCCCAGUUGCAUUAAUAUUCAGUCAGAUUUAAUGACAAGUAGGAAUGGUUUGUGAAAGAACCGAAAGAAGGAAGAUACCAAAAUAUGUGUGUGAGUGUGUGUUAGAAAUUAUGGAGAAGGAAUAUGAAGCAAUCCGAAAAAAAUUCUAUAUAUUUGAAAAUAUAAUUAGCAUCUUCAGGAAACAUGUUCUAAACCGUGAAACUUCAUUUUGGACACCUAAUGGAAAAUAAAUUUUGGCAAUAAAUGUCUGAAAAACAAUACUUUGGCUUUUUUUUUAAUGAUAACUGCCCAAUAAAAUCAAAUACAGUACUCACAAAACUAAUUGAUAUCAGAAGACAAUUGAGUGGGCUGUCCUUACUGUUUUUGAUCAAAUUAUAUGGAAGUGACCCUAAACUGCAGAAAUAAUAAACAGUUUUUAUUUGAAAUGUAGCUGUAAUUCCUAGUCAAUUUUAUUUUACCAAUAAAAGAAAGAUCAAAGAAAAGGAAGAACAAUAAAACAUCUGGCCUCACCAUUUCUCCAUAAAUUAUAUUUGUAGUUAAAUAUUGUAAGCGAUCUUGCAUUGAACUGUCUCCAAGCCCAGGACCCUAAACAAGAGUCUGUUUAUGAUUAUUGUCAGAAUAAAAUGUAGCAUUCCAAAGCUUGACUUCAAACAUUUCUUAAAUUAAUUUUGAUAAAAUGAUGUAUUGUUCCUUUGACCUGCAAGGGAGACACCGUGUUGUGUCUGAUGCCUGUUAUAGAGAAAACAAUCAUCAACUUUGGCAACAUUAAAACACAAAUGUUAAGUGCCUUCGAGUUUUUAACGGUUCAUGUAUUUUGUGUGUUCAUGUUAUUGUUCCUAAAAGACUUGACACUGGCAUUUUAUUGAAUGCUGUGACUUUAUUUCAAAUGUGGAUAAAAUGAUUACUUAACUAUACACUCAAACUGUAUAUUGUUUAAAAAAUUUAUAUAUAUAUAUAUAUAUAUAUAUAUAGAAUUGAAUGCAUGUUGUGAAUAACUCAGCACUGACCAUGCACAAACAUCAGCCAACUUUGAAGUAAACAUUUGUUUUUAAAGAUUGAAGACUGUAUUUUUUCCUGGUCUUUUGGCCCCCAAAAAUCAACCUAAAAUACAUAAUUUCAAUCUCAUAAUGAACAGAAUCUGUUUGUAUUAGUUUUGUGUUCCAUUGUAUUGCACAUAUGGUAAAUAAAACAUUAUCAACAUAAUGAACUAUUGUAAUAACACAUUUAAAUCAAUUGGCAAGGGUUUGUUCGGCAUUAGAAAAAGUUAGUAUACUUAGUGUAUAUUUACAUCCACAUAUCAUGAUGUCCACUUUGAUGUAUGCCUCGAUUAAUCUUUUGUUUUUCUUUUUUUUUCCUCAGAAAAAAAUAUCUAGUAGCUCCAUGAAGGAGGUGCAAUAGUUUUACUACAGUGGCUCCACAAAUAGAGUACCACUAUAGAGUACUUAAAUUUGACCUCGUCCUUAUGCUGAUUUGCUGAGUGCUUUGACCAUGAUUUUGAAGCCAGAAUGCAAAUGGCUGUAUGAGCUCUAUAAAUAGUGGGAAAUUAUCGCAGCAGGACAAUGUGUAACCUGCCAGUGGUGAGAGCAUUUUUUUUAACAAUGAUGAGAAUAAUGAAUUGAUACAACAUACAAUAAAUGACGGCAUUAUCUAACCGGUGUGGAGAAAGUAGAAACUUGAAGUUGAAUAUAAAUUAAAACUGGUUUGACCACACUGUUUAAACAAGUGUGUGACAUCAUCAUACAUGAUAAUAAACUUAAGCAGGGAGGAAUUAGCAAUUAAUAGGAAACGAAAAAUAUAAAGGAUGCACAAACAGAAGCUGCACGUUGCAUAUUGCAUUUCUAUUGUACCACAGAAGUAACAAUCCUCCCCUUGCCAAUCAAUGGCCAGAAGCAGGCACAUGCACAGAUAGACCCCUCACUCAUGGAGCGCCUGCAUAAGCACCUCUCCACCGGAAUUAAAAAAAAAAACUAUGCCCUAUCUUCUGUUGGCUCCCCUUUCUCCCAUUAGUAAUCAUUAAAAAAAAUACGCUGUCAUCAAUUCUCCCUCAAUUUUUGAUACAUGAUGGGCAUUUAUUUGAGGCUCUCUGAGAAUUGUGCCAUUAACUGAACUAGAAACCACAUAUGGUGCCCUUCAACUCUUGUUAAUAGUUUCACUAUUG